AUGGGCCAGUUUCUCGCCAUUCUGGGAAAGGAGGAUUCGUAUGCUCCACGGUCGUUCUGUGUGGCGCUUGAGAGCCGUUGGUUAACCGUUGGAUGUCGCAACGCCCCCGCCCACAAUAAACAGAUCCGUCAAGGGCGACAUCGAAAGGGCGACAGCAAAAGGGCGAGCACCGUCGCCUGGACUUGA